UGCUGAUCAAAUAGUGCCAUUAGAACGUGAACCUCACUAUACUUUCAGCGUCAGUUUGAAUGGGAAGCAUAAAUGUUAUCUAUAAGAAACUCUGGUAGUUAAAAUUGUAACGAACUUCUGUGAUAAUUUGAGAUGCAUUGAGUUCAAAUUACGUAAUUCCUGCCAAUUAACAGUGGUUACCAAUAAUUUCUUUCUUCAAAAAUAUAAUAAACUGUGCCAAGAUUAAUUAGCACAUUGUUCUAAUUACUUUUACUUUCGUUCCAAUGAAGUAAUUGAUCUCCUUCCCUGUGUUGAAAGUAUGUGAGUUUUUAAAGUAGUGGGCUAUAAAUAGAUUUGGUUUGGUAGUUAGAGGUAUCAGUUUCAGAUAAGGACUUGUAUUGAGAGUUGGGACGGUUCUUCAGUUUAUUAGAUCAUCAUGAAGCUUGUUUUGGUUUCUUUUGCUUCUGCCUGCAUGUUUCUAUUGGCUGAUGCUCAAUAUGGAUACGGGGAUCACCAUGAUCAUCAUGAAGAUUAUCCUCAUGAGCCAGCCCACUACACAUUCGAGUACAAGGUGCACGACCCUCACACACACGACGUGAAGUCGCAGCAUGAGACGAGAUCAGGGGAUGACGUCAAGGGGUUCUACAGUCUGGUUGAACCCGAUGGAAGCAUAAGGGAGGUCCACUACACGGCUGACAAGCAUAACGGCUUCAAUGCUGUUGUGCAUCAUAAAAAGCAUUAUUAAUGAGUGGUGAUUCAAUAAAAUAUUGAAUAAAGCUAA